CCCUCCUUCGUUGCUUUCUCGGAGCCCAUCACCGGAGACACGGCGCUUCUAUUGAGCUGCGGUCGGACCCCUCAGCAGCGUUGUAAAGAACCAGUAAUACCAUAGGAUAUGUGCCUGGUUUGGGAUUUAUGAACAGACAGCCAAAUUAAACUUGUUGCAUUGAAAUCCAAGAAAAACACAUCAUAAGAAGGCAACACUUUUUCUUUGGAGCUUAGUAUUUACGUGGAGAUGUCUCGUAAGCAUGGCCACAAGGAUCAAAUUGGCUUUGUCUUUGACGUCCAGUCCAAUACUGUGAUGGCCCAAGGGGGAUCCUAUGAGAAUAUGAAGGAAAAGAUCAAUGCAGUGCGAGCUGUUGUUCCCAACAAAAGUAACAAUGAGAUCAUCCUCGUGCUCCAGCAUUUUGAUAAUUGUGUGGACAGAACUGUGCAGGCCUUUAUGGAAGGUAAUGCUGUGGAGGUGCUGAAAGAGUGGACUGUACUUGGCAAGAAAAAGAAUAAGAAGAAGAAGAGUAAACCUAAAACAGAGGCACUCGCACCCAGUGCUACAGUAGAUGCUGGUAAAAUAGCACCUGCUGAUGGAGAACAGAAUGCCUCAUUCCCCGAAAAGGGCGGCGUGAACGGUUACCACCUCAACGGUUCAACCAUUGAUACAGAGUCUGUGGACUCUCUCAGUGAGGGCUUAGACACACUUUCUUUAGAUGCCAGAGAGAUGGAAGACUCUGAGCCCACCACUCCUGAUGUACCAGAGGCCCCAGCUUCUACAUUCCAGAAUGGCCGUCCAGAAUUGGAUUUGAAGCUCACAGCUUCUCACCUCCCUCAGAGUUCCUCCAGUAAGAAAGGUCCAUCUGAUCAUAGGCACAACAACAAAGCACGCACAAGUAGCUUCUCAAGCUCCCAGUCUCUAGCUUCAUCAGUAGCAGACGAUGUCCCCUCAUCAUCAGGAUCUAAAAAGCUUGGUGCCAAUAUAGAGAGAUCGGUGAAGGACCUUCAACGGUGUUCCGUUUCUCUUGCACGCUAUCGCAUAGUGGUGAAGGAAGAAAUGGAUGCCUCUAUUAAAAAGAUGAAGCAAACCUUCUCUGAGCUGCAGAGCUGCCUGAUGGACCGGGAGGUAGCACUGCUUGCAGAAAUGGACAAAGUUAAAGCAGAAGCAAUGGAAAUCUUGGACAGCCGACAGAAGAAGGCAGAGGAGCUUAAGAAGCUGACAGAUGUGGCUGUGCGCAUGUCUGAAGAGCAGCUAGCAGAAGUUCGAGCAGAUAUCAAGCAUUUUGUUAGUGAAAGGAAAUAUGACGAGGAACUGGGUCGGGCCGCACGUUUCACUGCAGAUCUAGAUACCCUGAAAAAGAGUGUAGAGUCUUUUGGUCAAGUUUCCCACCCAAAGAACAGUUAUUCUGUUCGCUCACGUUGCUGUUCUCUUACAAGUCCUAGUGACACCUCUGCUCCGUCCACUCCUGAGCUUUCGUCAACCUCCAGCAUAUCCUCAGCCAAUAGGAAGCCUGCAUCUGCAGUAGAAGCCAACACAGCAACCAACCAAUAUGGCACCCGUCCAGUCCAGCCGCCAAGACAAGGUUUUCCAAUGAACAAGAGACCAGGUCAGGGCUUGAGACCUCAAGGCCCACGACAAAACUACCACAACAACAUGAGAUAUGAUAAUGGCAACAGGAACCGUAACACUUCAUGGUAUCAUUCCAACUCUCGAAACCAGAGCUAUCCAUCACAAGGCCCACGCCAGCCCACUGACAGAACAUCUGCACACCCCUCUGCAAUGAACGGACCCACUGCCACUUCAGAGCCUGUCCAAGCAGAAGUCACACAAUCAGAUACCAAGGCACUACCACAACGCAAACCAAGGGCGAAUUUAGCAACUGCAUCCUGAAACAGGAGGAGCCUCUAGCCUGCACUUUCGAUAUACAAUUCCAUAACUUGACUUUAGAGAACUGUUAUUAACAAAGAGAAACGUUUACAGCCAGGUGUUCCAUGCCACUGUUUUCCUUUCUUUGUCUUCUCUUUAUAACUUUGCAUUACCUUGUCUGUUUACCUUCUAUUUCAGAGCCUGUUCUUUUUGCCGCAUUAGUCUUCACUUCAUUGCUUCCAAUUUAACAGUAAUUCCUGCAUUGUCUCUCCAAUGCCAUAUUUCUCAGACUUCCUUCCCCUGUGGGAUGAAUUGAAGAUGCUAGUUGAGGCAAUAUACCAUAAGAGCAGACAACGUUUUGCCCAUUGCAGUUAAUAGAAUCUUCAGCUAUACUAUGUUCUCAAAUGCAUUUUUUAUUCUUUUGUAGUCCCCUCUAACAAAAUUUGUGGAUACCUGGCUGCCAUUGCUUCUUAAAUUAAUUUAGUAAAUUUAGAUUCAUCAGAUAGUAUUUUGCAGUUAUUUGGGAUUAAUCAUUUUUGCUGUUAAUAAUCCCAGUUACUUUUGGCUCAUAUAUUAUUUUAUGUAAUAAUAUAAUGUGUUCUUCACCCAUCACUUUCCUCCGUCUUCAAAGUGCCUUGUUUUUGUACUGGCGUCUGCAAGGUUUUCUUAUUCCCUUUCUCUUUUACAUUCCUCUGAACUCUUUCCUCGGUUUCCUCAUCUUAAGCCAGGAAGUCACGCUGUUGGUGGGGACGCAGUGUAAUAGAUACGGAUGUACUUUCUACUCUCAAUAUUGUCACGCCGAAUAAUGGAGUGAAGAAACUUGACACCACUAGUGGUGAAGCAAAUAGCAGCCACUUUACAAAUUACCUUUUCCAUAUUUGUAGACCUUUGUUAGCUUUCUCAUUUAGCGACCGAUACAGGAUCACGUCACAACAUGUUUUUUGGAAAUGUAUACAUUUCACUUUGCAAAGUUUUACUGCUCAGGAACAGAAGCAUUGUACUCACAAUUUGGAGCCAAACUAGUCUGUCUUCUUCCUGACUUGGUCCUUCUGCCAAGCAACUGUGUGUGUGGACCAAAGAGUGACAUUGCGCCGUCUGUAGUUGACUUUAAAGGGCUGUUGUUGUUGCCCAUUUCUCUAGGAUCCUUUGAACAAUCUCCAGACAGUGCCCUGUUCCUGAUUGCUCCUGUUGUCCAAAGAUACAACUUACACCAAU